AUGCCGCCCCGCUCCCGCUACGCCAUCGACCCCUCCCUCACCCAGCCCGCCCUCCACCACCUCCCAGACCGCGACCCACCGCCCACCGGCCCAUAUGCCCCCCAGCAACAGCCCACAUACCAUGCCGUAGAAACACAGCAGCAGCAGCAGCAGCAGCAGCAGCACCUGUCGCCCUCAGCAACACCCCCCGUCCACCACAUCCCUCAGCCCCCUCACUCCACAGGCCAGAGUGCGUCUGGCUUGAGAGUAAGGCUGGACCCUACCCAAGUCCCGGACCCGAUCGAAGCACAGUCUCUCGACCAGAACCUCUACGACGACGAGGACUUUUACUCGUGUCAGACCCGAGGCCUUAUUCCUCUUGCCGGGACAGACUAUCGCGGACAUGACCAAGGCAAUGCGCUCCCUCGUCAUCUUCGAUCGACUCUCCCCUGUAUCCCUUCAAACGGACAGCUCCUUGAUACCACCGCCCUUCCCUUUGCACUUCUGGUUCAGCCCUUUGCCCCGCUGCGGUACGACGAAGAGCCCGUCCCUCUCAUCUCUUCGUGGAUAUCUGGCCAAAGCCCGCACGACCCCCCUUCUUUCCGAGGCGAGUCGUGGGGAGUAGAGGGCGAAGGCGAGGAGGAAGGCCCACCCAGGUGUGACCAGUGCAGAGGGUAUAUAAAUCCCUGGGUCCGGUUCAUUGAUGGUGGGAGAAAAUGGUCUUGUAAUCUGUGCGGGGCUGAAAACCCUGUUCCUCCUCAAUACUACAGUUAUCUGGGCCCCAAUGGCCAGAGAGUCGACCACCAACACCGCCCCGAACUGCAAUUCGGCACAGUCGACUUUGCCGUCCCCCCCUCUUACUGGGCGCGUCAACCUCCUUCCGGCUCUCUAAUCGAUUCUGACGCUCUCGCUUCCACCGCUCAAGACCUUCUGGGUGGGCUUCAAGCGUCCCUCGGUCAGGGCAAGGAGCCGCACAUCCCCACAGGAAAGGAGCAGAGAGAGAAGGAGAAAGAGAGAGAGAAGGAGAGGCGAAAGUUCAGAAAGCCUACAACGCUGUCUAGAGUGUUUGUGGUGGAUGUCAGUGCGAAUGCUGGGUCGAGGGGUAUCGUCCAGCUGGUGUGUGCUGGUAUUCGAAAGGCCAUCUACGGGAGCGAGAAGGAAGGCGAAGACGAGCAAGACGUCGAGGAGCGACUCAAGCCUGGACAAAAGGUCGCUAUCGUCUCUGUGGCCGAGGCUGUCAGUUUCUGGAACCUCUCCUCCGCCCAGAGCGCUCCUUCCCAGAUCGUCGUAUCUGACCUCGACGACAUGUUCAUCCCGUUCACUAGCGGUUUCCUCGUAGACCCGCAAGAGUCUCGGACGCAGAUUGAGGCGUUGCUGGAUAGAUUGCCACAGCUGGCUGAGCAGGGACGAGAGGGUAUGAGGAUUGCUGCUGGUUCUGCCGUCGUCGGUGCUUUGGCCGGUCUGAAACAAAUCGGCGGACAGAUCAACCUCUUCCUUUCUGCGCUCACUAGUCACGGUCUUGGUACAUUGACUAUGCGCGAGAACCCCGACUACUAUCAGACUGACAAGGAAAAAAUUCUCUUCACUCCUACUGAUUGGUAUGCCCAAACGGCUGACCAGCUUGCCGAGGCCGGUGUCGGGUUGAACCUCUUCUUGUUCCCUGACGCUUACUGCGACAUGGCCAGUAUCGGUGCUUUGGCAGCCGGGACGGGCGGAGAAAGCUUCUUCUACCCUAGGAUCGAUAUCGCCCGGGAUCAGCCGUCGGUGCAUGACGCCAUCAAACGGACAUUGACUCGAGAGACGGCCUACAACGCUAGCGUCCGGGUGCGAUGCUCAAACGGCCUCCGAGUCUCUUCCCAUCUUGGAAACUUUCACGCCACCUCGCUCACCGAGAUCAACUUCCCCGUCAUCGACUCUAGCAAGUCUUUCACAGCUGUCAUGUCUCACGAGGGUAGGCUCGAUGAAAAGACUCCUGCAUUUACCCAGGUUGCUGUGCUCUACACGAGCGAUACUGGAGAGAGGAGGGUGAGGUGUAUCAACAUGAGCUUUGUGACGACUAGCUUGAUUGGAAACGUGUUCAAGUUUGCAGACCAGGAGGCCUGCGUGAGCACGCUCCUGAAGGCGGGACUUUCACAGAUCACACAGAGGUCUCUGAGGGAUAUCCGAAAGUCGCUCUCGUCGAGGUGUAACCGGAUACUGUUGAUGUACAGGAAGCAUUGCGCUGCUGCUGUCUCUCAGGGCCAGCUCAUCUUGCCCGAGGGUUUCAAGCUUUUGCCCCUCUGGACAUUAUGUAUGACGAAAUCCAAGGCCAUCAAAGGCGGCUCCGUCUCUUCCGACGUCCGCACUCACUACACCCGCCUGUUGAAGUCUGCCUCCCUCGCCCGCCUCACUACACUCCUCUACCCUCGCCUCCUUGCUAUCCACGACCUUGCCGCGAACGCCUGCUUUGCAAAUGAAAAGACGGGGAGGUUGGUCUUGCCGAGCUUUACAAGGACGACACAUGCGUGGAUGGUACCCGAUGGGGCGUACCUGAUGGUGAAUGGGGAGGUGGCGAUGAUCUGGUUUGCACAGGGAGUCAGUCCCCAGGUGGUGAAAGACCUCUACGGUGUGGAGAAUCUGGAUGAGUUGGAUGUGAGAAAUGCCGAGCUCCCUCGUCUUCCAACCCUGCUUUCGACGCAGCUUCACAACCUCAUCACCCACCUUGCUUCUCCUCAUCUCCUCGACCGUUUCCUCCCAGUUCAUAUCGCCCGACAAAAUAUGGAUGGGUCAGAAGUGGGUUUUGCAGACCAAUUGGUGGAAGAUACGAACAACGACGCAUUGAGUUAUACGGACCACCUUAUGACUUCUCACAGAGAGAUUACAAGCGAGUUCAACGGCAGUGCGAAAGGGGACAGCUGGAUUCCUUGGUCAUAG